AUGGCAUAUCAAGAUGAUCAAAAACAUGAAAAGUUAGGCUGCAUCCAACUAGUUCGCUGUAUUCCACCAACGGAUGAAGAACGAAAGAAUCCUCAAUAUGUUCCUCAGUUAGAAAUUAAUUCACGAGCACAACAGAUUAUUGCUGAACACUUUGAAGCACCCAUUUCUAUUAUUGUCUAUGUAGGCAAUAUGGGCGUUGGUAAAAGUAAACUGGCAACAGUUACUGCAGCGGCUUUAGAAAAAGAGUCGCCUAGAACAGAUUCACUCUGGUUUCGAAGUGGGGCCGGUACUAAUGGAGUAACACAUGGUGUUUGGAUGUGGUCCGAGCCACUUCGACAUCCUGAUCAAGAUGAAAAAACAAAAGGUUCAAUUUUAAUCCUCGACUGUGAAGGAACGGAUAGUUUAGAUGAGAACACGGGAGCUAAUUUGUAUUUUUUCUGCAUGAUUGUAAGUACAGCAUUUGCUGUCGUCCUUCGUCCUGCUCGUAUAGAUCAGUUUCAAUGUGAUCGUCUCUAUGAUGCAUUAAAUCGAUUUGAAGUCAUGAAAUCAUUGCAUGUCUUGCCAAACAUGUGGCUAUUACCAUUAGAUCUACCCACGUUUUUACACAUUGAUCGUGAUACUGGUGACGAUAUCGAAAUUUCAAAAGACGAAUGGCUUCAUCGAAUAUUCAGUGUUGACGAGGAGCGCAACAAUUUAUCAAGUGCUCACUGUCAAACACUGAAAGAACAAUAUGAAUAUAUCACACAUAUGUUACCACAAAUAGACACAAUCAACAUUGGCUAUUUACCACAGGUGUUGAUGACAAACAAUCAAUUACUUGACGUAUAUACAUUGCUUCGGAUGGAAGAAUCAGAAGAUAUCUAUCUUCAUGAUCCAAGUGUACAUUGGGAUUCUCUUAUUGGAUCUGAUGCAGCUAAACUAGCACGAUUUCGUGUUUCAUCAACAAUUUUUUUGGAUAAACUUGAUGCAAUAAUGAGUCAACGUGGCAGUGGUGAUAAUGCAGGAUCUGAACAUGAGAGUAGUCGAAGGAUGAAAACUGAAUUACUUGUUCAACUUGAUGGAUUAGGUGGAACGAAUGAUCUUGUUUUUCUUCUUGCUGCAUCAAAUUUACCUUGGGAACUUGAUCAUGCUAUGUUAAGACGUUUCGAAAAACGUGUUUUAGUUGAUCUAUCAACAAAAGAAGCCCAAGAAACUAUGUUUCAACAAUUUUUACCACCAACUGUUAUUCGUGAAAAUAAAGGUGUUGUUUUAUAUUCUGAUCUUGAUUAUGCGCGAUUAAGCAAUGGUUAUUCUGGUGCGGACAUCAAACUUGUAUGUAAAGAAGCCGCAAUGAAUCCAUUAAGACAAGUAUUUGAUAUACUUGAAACUCUUCAAGAUGAUCCUGAAUUAGGCAAAUGUAUUCAACUUGAUUCGAUAACAAUAACUGAUGUUGAAAAAGUUUUAUCAACAAUAAAAUCAUCAGGACGAGCGUUUAAAGAUAAAUAUACACAAUGUUUAAAAGAAUUUGAAUCUGUUUAA